GACAGGAAUAACACAAACUUAACCACAAUUAACACAAUACGUCUUGCAUCAUCUUCUUUUGAUAAUGGACCUGUUAUACAAAUAAACUACAAUCCAAGAUAUUACACUAAGGCCAUAUUGAUUAAAUGCACACUUAGGUGGCAUUUUUGGGAAACACCUCCAUGCCUCUUACAUGCACGUGAUCUUACAUAUUCCUCAUCUCUGGCGGGUGUAGAUUGCAGACAUUCAGAGUUUGUCACCUAAUAAUGGCUCCUCAGUACGCCCCCAGUCUCCGCUCAAGACUUCCUCUCGUGGCCUUCCUGCUGGAAACCAUCUUUCUCCUACUGUUUGUCAUUUUUGUGAAAAUAGAGCAGCAUGAGCAGUUUGGCAGAGAGUCUGACAGUAAGCUUUUCAUCAGCUCAUAUGCAGAAUUCCAAGAUGUUCAUGUGAUGAUAUUCACGGGGUUUGGUUUCCUGGCCACGUUCCUUGUACGAUAUGGUUUCAGUGGAUCAGGGUUUAACAUGCUGUUGGCAGCCAUGGCCAUCCAGUGGGCCGUCUUGAUAAAUGGCUUCCUGCUGCCACAACAACACCACAGAAGAGAGAUCCACAUCAAUAUGAAGAGUGUUGUUGAGGCAGAGCUCUGUGCAGCAUCCGCUCUGGUUGCCAUGGGAGCGGUCCAUGGGAAGGCAAAUCCUGUCCAGCUUUUACUGAUGGCUCUGGUUGAGGUCACGGGAUUUGUGGUCACUCAGUGGAUCCUGCGAGCUCUGUUCAAUGCAGAUCCAGUGUACAGCAUCAUGCUGCUGCAUGUCUUCGGAGCUCUGUUUGGUGUGAUGGUGUCAUGGGUGCUGCACAGAGAGGGGAUCAAACCAGAACAUGAGAAAGAGAAAACUGACCGCAAGACUGGCUUAUUCGCAAUGUUUGGAACGCUAUUCCUGUGGAUGUUCUGGCCCAGUUUUAACUCGGCACUGGUGCGAGAUUACAGGUGGGACGGAGGACUAAAGCUUACUGUCAUUUAUGGGACGUAUCUGUCGCUGGCUGUCAGUGUUGUCAUGGCGAUGUCUGUCUCUAUGCUCACUAGCUCCAAAGGAAAGAUGAACAUGGUUCAUGUCCAGAGCUCUGCCCUGUCUGGUGGUGUUGCCAUUGGAGUUGCAAUGACAGCAGUCCACGCGCCGUGGAUUGCCAUGACGAUUGGAUUCUGUGCUGCUCUCUUAUCAGCCUUGGGAUACCGGUACAUGAAGAAUCACAUGCUGUUUGCUUUUGAGUGUCACGACACCUGCGGCGUCCUCAGCGUGCAUGCCAUACCGGGAAUUCUGGGAUGGUUUGCUCAUUUGUUUCUACGGCUGGCCAGUAAUGAGAGCACAAUAGCGGUGCAGUUCGCUGUCUAUCACAUCUGUGUUCUCCUCAUAACGGCGUGCAUGAGUCUGGUGAUGGGCACAGCUACAGGACUUUUUCUUAAAUGGAGUAUCUGGAGACCCCAGCAGGACAGGAAGUGCUUUGAUGACCAGGCAUUUUGGGAGUUUCCAAAUUUGGUGGUACAGAAAUGAAGACACAUUAAUAAGAGGACUCCAGUUAUGCAUGAAUGUAUUUGUGUGUGUGUGCUUGAGAGGUUAGACAUUGCUUAAGUAAACAAUUUACAAGAUAAAAUGUCCUUGAAUGGAAAGCAUUGUGCUUUCUAAGAGACAAAUCAUACAAAACAACA